AUGAUGUGUACACAUUGAUAUAUUAGUAUUGAGGAGGUUGUAGACUAAUAUUAAUACGAAGUAUUUGUUUGCACGUCCCCUAAUAAAGAAAGACCAUAAAUGUAGCGUAGCCAAUCUGUCAACAUGAAUCCCCAUUUUUAAAGGCCAUUCCCCAUUCUCUCACUUCCUAAUUCUCCCUUUAAAUUUCUUAUUUGUCACUUUGUGUAAUCUACCUAAACCCAUUUCCAUGCUUAGAUACUAGCUAGCCACAUUAAUCAUAUCAUCGCAUCAAGGGUCAAGAUUAAUUACAAAGUGACGAUCCAUAUUCCAGCUCCAAGAAAUGAAAAGUAAAUUCAACAACCCACAUAGGAGUACUCAACAAGAAGACAUAGCUCAAGAUUCCCCUCCUUCUUCAACCGCUUUUAACACUUCCCUCUCUUCUUCAUCAUCUAAGAAAAGGCGAAGCAUACAGAAAAGGGUGGUGCAAAUCCCAAUAAAGGAAAAUGAAGGAACAAGGCUAAAAGGAGAGAGCAAUACCCCACCCUCUGAUUCAUGGGCAUGGAGAAAGUAUGGACAGAAACCCAUCAAAGGUUCCCCUUAUCCCAGGUGUAGCAGUUGCAAAGGUUGUCCAGCGAGGAAACAAGUGGAGAGGAGCCGUGUGGACCCCACAAUGCUCGUCAUAACCUACUCCUCAGACCACAACCAUCCCUGGCCGGUUUCAAGAAAUAAUAGACCCAAGUCCCAACUGGACCCGGUCGAACCGGAUCACAAAACUGUCGACCAACUUUGCGGAGAUGACUUGGGGUGGUUGGUUCAAAUUGAUACGACGUCGUCGGUUAUUCUGGAAAGCCCGAUUAUGGCGGAGUUUGAUGAUGACGUGGCUUCCGUGUUUUUACCAAUGGGGGAAGAGGAUGAGUCGCUUUUCGCUGACCUUGGAGAAUUGCCCGAGUGCUCAACGGUGUUCCGGCAUGGGUUGUUGGAUUCACGGCGGCGGUUAACGGCUCCGUAAUGUGGGACCACAUAUUGAGAAAUUGGUGCCCUAUUUGAUACGUUAUUCCUGCGUUUACACUAUACCCAAGAAAAGAUACAUCCUCAUUUAUUUAUUUCUUCAGAUUUUAUUUAUUUAAAAUUUGUCAUCCGCGGUAGAAAAAGGAAAAAUAGAAAAUUGUUAGGUGUGGGUGUAGAUGGGAGGAGAGGAUUGGUUGUGAUUGUGAACAGCUUGCGCCAUGUUACUUUCAACAAGUUGUGAUUUGCUGUGGCUGCGCCUAUUUCUUCUUCUUUGA